GGCUUUCCCCCGCACCCCACCUCCACCCAGCGCCCGCAACCCCAAACGGAAACCCGCCGCCGCCGCCGCCGACGCCGCAGAAGCAGCAGCAGCAGCAGCGAGCGCCGCAACCCUAGGGCGCUCGCGCGCGCGCGGGGGCCGGAUGGCGCGGGGGUUCCGCGGCGUCCGCGACGACCUCACCGAGCUCGGCCGCCACAUCCUCGACAUCGCCUGCUUCCUCCACCCGCUCCUCGCCCCCGCCCACACCGACUCCCCGCCCGCCACGCCCCCCCGCCGCCGCCCCCGCCGCUCCCCCUCCCCGCGCCCCGCCUCCCCGCCCUCCCCCUCUAUCCUCUCCGGUAUACUCGCCGACCUCGCCGAGAUCGGCGGCUCCUUCACCCGCCGCGCCGCCCUCCCCGACCACCCGCCUGCCUCCUUCCCCGCCUCCACUGCUGCCGCGGAGUCCCCGCGGGCCGCUUCCUCCACGGCCUCCUCUCCUGCUCCUGCUCCAGCUGCUGCUGUCCCUGAUGAUGUCGUCGGGGCGGCGCUGGCCCUCGCGGCGCGGCCCGAGGCGUGGAUUGACUUCCCCGUCCUCGCGCUCGAUGAGAAUUAUAUUAUCUCUGAUGUACAAAGGGAUCAUUUGGAAGCCAUUGAAAAACUUGUGCCUGACUUAGCAUCUCUACGAACUAGGCUCUGCCCUUCUUAUAUGGAUAAUGAUGUGUUCUGGAAAAUCUACUUCAUGCUGCUUGAGGCAGACCUAACUGAGCAUAAUUCAGAGGAAGAUGAGAACCUACGAGGCUCUGUUCAUCAUCAGGUCAAUGAGAUAGAGUCUGAUGCGGCGCCUAAUGUUUGUGAGAUUGAAAGCGUGAAAAGCACUCAAGAGGGUUAUCAAUCUCCAGAUGGUCGCACAUUGUUGAAAACAAGAUCUGAUCAAAGCAUUGACCAAUGGGUGUUCGCGAAGUCAAAAUCAGAGCAAAGCAUGGAUCAGUGGUCCGAAAUACCUUCUGAUGUGGAAUCUUCUAGAGAUGGUAGAAGAUACAUUAGUGGUGAGGAGCUUAGUGAUGCUGAUAGUGCCCAUGUUGUUGUCAUGGACAAAUACAUGGAUUCACUUCUGUCAGAUCGGAGGAAUCUCCACUAUGCUAGUUCCUCGGUGCGGCGGGAUUCAGUAAGAAGAAAACCUGCAUCUUCUACUGACUAUAGCCACCGGCCCCCUCAACCAACCCCGCCUGCAUCGCUAUCCAAGAAGGAGUCAUGGGAUGUCAUUGAGGAUUCAGAGUUUGAGAUACUUGACAAUUAAUAACAAAGAUCUUUGCGAUCUCUCUGGCUAUUUAUCCUUUUAUUUUGUCUCUCUAUCCCCUUGCCCUUCACCUGCUUGUAAAUGAAAACCUUCAGGUGGUUUCAGUGGUGUCAGCGUUCGUGGGAAAAUUAUCUCUACCAAUAUAUUAUUACUGUGUGCAUAUCACUAUGUAAGUUGGGUAUAUCCUCUCAUUCCAUAUGCUGUAACAUAAAAAAAAACCGUGAUGAAUCUGCCAUGGGUGAGACUAUGGGUAAUACUGGUCUCCCAUUGUAAAAAUUGUCAAAUGUGGGCUUUGUGCUAAGUUUCCUAGAGUUCUCUUCA